AUGAAUUCUCAGGAGCUUUUGAAUUCUCCGAUGAAGAAACAGAAAAAAAAGCUGCUUCGGAAUUUGCGGGGUGGGGGUUUGCUGCUGCUGGCAGCUGAGGUGUCUGUACACCUCAGGCCCUGCAUGCACGCAUGCAUGCAUGCAUGCAUGCACGCAUGCAUGCAUGCAUGCAUGCAUGCAUGCAUGCAUGUGUGGGGCUGCCACAGGUUGACCAAUGGUCUGACCAUUGAGGACUCGAAGCGACUCUUCGGCUGUCUCGUCGACGCAGCAGCAGAGGGCCUCAGCAGCAGCAGCAGCAGCAGCAGCAGCGGCAGCAACAGCAGCAGCAACAACAGCAGCAGCAGCAGACACAGAGCAGGAGGGCCCUCUGCUGCUGCUGAAGCCCUUGAGGCGGAUAAGGGGCUGAUUGUGUUGAGUCAGCAGCUGCGUUUGUCUCCCAAAACUCUUCGGUCUCUGACGAAACCUUUUAUCUCAAGCAGCGACACUUCGACUGCGAGCAUUCCCGAAGUGCACUGGGCCGACGUGGGCGGAAUGGAAGACGCGAAGGAGCACAUUAGGCAGCUCAUCACUUUGCCUCUCAAACACCCCAAGCUCUUUUCCACUGCCCUCGGGCUGCGGCCAAACGUGCUGCAGGCGGCGGCCCUGGGGGCGUGGGGCUGUAUAGACCACGAGGCGGAGCCGCUGGGGUGUACGUACACCGUGGACUUGCUGCUGCCUGGCCCCGCAGCAGCAGCAGCAGCAGCAGCAGGGGGUGCUGCAGCAGCAGCAGCAGCAGAGGCCCCGAAGGCGCAGCUGCGGCUAAUGAGCAACACAGAAGUGAAGGGGGGAGGGGAGGUGGAAUGCCUCCAGGUGUGGCUGGGGUGUAUGUACACCUCAGCAGAAGCAGCAGCAGCAAGCGAAAACGAAAAAGAAGAAACGAAAACUGAGGAUCUCUUCUGGGCAGUGAGCACGCUGCCUGCAGCAGCAGCAGCAGCAGCAGCAGCGGGCGCCUGCAGCGGCGGGACCCUGCAGCUGCUGCUCCCGGCCGCUCCCCCCGAGCCGCCGCCGCCGCAGCAGCAGCAGCAGCAGCAGCAGCAGCAGCAGCAGCAGCAGCAGGAGGGGGCUUGUGCUGCGCGGCUCAACGGCCACAAAGCUGCAGCGUGGGCCCCAGCUAACUCCAGCCCCAAAAACUUUCUUUGCAUGCAUUUGGGGCCCCCCCCCUGUUUUUUAUUUUCUGUGCAUGUGCUGUACGUACACCUGAAAAAGGCCCUGCAGGAACUGCGGCCUUCAGUUUCCGCCCAGGACUUGCGGCGCUACGAGCGGCUGCGCGAGCAGUACGCGGCGCUGCUUUGA